ACGGGGCUGGGACCUGCCUGCCGGUCUGUGGUCAAAGGGGUGAUGGUGGUGGAUAAGACAAGUCCAAGGCAGCGGUCACUAGGAAGCUCGUGGCUGCAGCAGGGGGUGUCAGAGCGGUGCCCCCCAAGUGCUCAGCCCGCCCCUGCUCCCUGCAGCGCUGCAUGCCCGAAGCCCCAGCUGUGCAUGCCAGGCUCGCAGCAAUGCCGCCAGGGCGUCUGGACGCUGCCCGAGCAGAGGCUGCCUCCCGGUGUCACAUGCAGGGAUGGUUUUGUGAGCAGACACCUCAUCCCGUGCAAACCAAAUUGGAAAGCCGGGGACCUGGGGCGCAACCCCCGCCCUGCGCCAGCCCCUGCUCCCCUCGGCUGUACCCGAGGCCCUGGGCAAAGUGCUGGAGAGAUGCAUUUAACCCCUAGCUCGCUGGCUCAGGGUGGCGGCUGGCACCAGCGGGGAGCAAGGCGAGGCCUUGAUGCUUGCGCACAGCGGCCUGGGGGAGAUGCCGCCCUCAGGCUGGGCUGGGGGCACUUGCCCACCGGCCUCCCUGUGCAUCGCUCCUCUAUAGGGCGGCUUUUGUUCUCCAUGGGCCUCCCUCCCCCUCCCAGCCCGUGUGCUGAGUUAGGGGUUUCGGUAAUGCUCUCCCUGCUCGUCUCUAUCUGGAGGCUAUAUAAACCCUGUCGGCACGCUGCCUGGCCACGUUAGCUCCUCGCAAGUCCAGCUGCCGAUCGCCAGGUAGGGCCCAGGGGCCGGCAGUGCACUCGUGGCUCUCUGUGGCGCAAGAGCAAUGGUCUGGGGCAGGGGCUCCAGAGCCGGACGUGGGGGUCUCGGGGGAGCCGGAGUGGGCGGAGGAAGCGCGGCGCUCCCAACCUGCAUGCACUGUGCUCCGGGGAGACCGGGGCCUGCGGGAAUGUGCAUGGGAAGCAUCCUGUCCGUGCGGCUGGGCUCGAGGGGGAUUAGCAGCCUGGCAGAGAUGGGGCCUGCAGCCGAGUCGCUCUGGCAUCUUGGGCCUGUUUGCAGUCCUUGGCUCUGCUGACUGCCCCCCCCCGCGACAGCUGCUCCCACCUGGGCAGAGGGCCGGCGGGGGUCCUGGCCUUGCAAGAGAGCAUGCGGGUCCCUCGGAGCAGCACCUGGCAAGGCAGGCACAGGGGCACGGAUGGUGCCGCUCAAAGCAACGAGCAGCCCCAGCCGUGUGCAGCUGCACCAGGAUUGUUCCCGGGGAGGAAGUUGCUGCUUGAAUGGGCUGGAGGGGUCGGAGGCAACUUUAGGAGCUCACUCGGGGCUCGCAUCUUCUCGCUGUCCCAGGACCGAGCCGGAGGAGCCGUCAUGAGCCAGCACUGCACCAAGUUCUCCGGUCUCUGGAAGAUCGUGGUGUGGGACGAGAAGAACUUCCAGGGCCGGCGCCACGAGUUCACCUCCGAGUGCUACAACAUCACCGAGUUCAGCUUCGACACCGUCCGCUCCGUCAAGAUCGAGAGCGGCGCGUGGGUGGGCUUCGAGCACGGGGGCUUCCAGGGCCAGCAGUUCGUGCUGGAGCGUGGCGAGUACCCCAGCUGGGAGGCCUGGAGCGGCAGCAACGCCUACCACGUGGAGCGCAUGAACUCCUUCCGGCCCAUCGCCUGCGCUAACCACCGGGACAGCAAGAUCACCAUCUACGAGCGGGAGAACUUCCUGGGCAGGAAAGGGGACCUGAGCGACGACUACCCCUCGCUGCCGGCCAUGGGCUGGAACAGCAAAGAGGUGGGAUCCUUCCGCGUCCACUCCGGCGCCUGGGUCUGCUUCCAGUACCCCGGCUACCGGGGCUUCCAGUACACCCUGGAGUGCGACUGCCACGGCGGGGACUACAAGCACUUCUGGGAGCUGGGCUCCCACGCGCAGACCUGCCAGGUGCAGUCCAUUCGGCGGAUCCAGCAGUGAGCGCCGACGCCGCGGCCCCCGCUUUUUCUACCUCCUCCUCCCUGGCCCCGCACGCCGCGUGGGAGCCCGCGGGCUUGGGACCCACCUGCCCCCCGCGGCUGUGCUCGCAGCAAAGCUCA